UCCUUAGAACCCAGGUCGAUGUAUUUAUAAAUUAUUGAGUUUAUAUAUUAGUAUAUAACUAUGUAUCUAUAUAAGUAUUAUCAUUUGUCAGUAGUUUAAAGUGUGCUAUAACCAGAGGUGUUCCCAUAGGGUAUACUACAUAUACGCCGUAUACUCUCAAGAUAUUUUGUCAGAACUAUGGGUAUACUGCGUAUACUCUCAAAUUAUAUACAAAAGUAAAAAAAAAACUGGUUUUGGUUACUCAGAAAAUGCUACGAAAGUUAAUUAUUAUUUAUGACGCUGAUAACGGAAUUAUGACACUUAUAUCUUACAACUAUUAUUAGAUUCUCAGAAAACAAGAAACGAACUAUCGCGUUAGAUAGAUUAGAUUAGAUGAUGGAAAUGCGUCUGACUCUGAACACGAUUAAUUUAAUCAGUACAUCCGUUACCGCCGACUUGUAACAUUUUAUUAUUUUUAUAAAUCGAUUGUGCGUUGUGUGAUCUACCGUUCUCUGUUUACCGUGAAUAAGUUCUUAAUUCUUUUAUUAAUUAUUAAUUACUAACGUAUUCAUUUUAUUUGAGCAGUUUUAUUAAUUUAUUUAAUUGAGUUUAAUUAACUAUCCUAAUCUAUUUUACUGUAUAAAGUGUUAUUUAAAUUUUUAUCAAAUAUGAGUUCGAAUUUUAAACGUGAAAGCGGAACACUUGAUAGUUUUUUUAUGCCCCGAGAAAAAAAACCUAAAAAUGCGACUAAUACUGCCAUUUGUGCUACUAGUUCACACGAGCUAGUGAUGCCCAAUGAAGAUAAUUUUGUUAGUGAUAGUCAAAUCGAUAAUCAAAUACAAGAUGUAUGGGAUACUUCCAAAAUUUGGCGGACAUUAGGUUUUUCUGAAUUUGAAAGUGUAGUUGACUUCCGUUCAAGAAAUGUUUUUUCUAGUUGCAUGAAAGCAUUAAAUAUACUCCCAACUUCAACAGCUGAUUGUGAACGAGGGUUUUCCGAUAUGAAUUUGACAAUAACUGAUUUAAGGACUAGAUUAAACAUUGAAAAUGUGUCAGAUUUGAUGUUCAUCUCUAUCAAUGGCCCUUCAGUUGCAGAUUUUAAUCCUAGACCUUAUAUUAAAAUUUGGUUAAGAGAUCACCGUUCUGCCGUUUCCACUCCUAGAGGUAAAGAAAGAAAAGAAAUAGACGACGAAAAUAAGAUGCAGAAAUUAUUUUUUAACAAUUUAUUUAAUUAAUUUUUUUUAGUAUUUGUAUAUUUUCAUAUUUUAUUGACUUAUAAAGGUAAUUUCAAGCUUUUUUUAAAAGUUUGAUUUUUUUUUUCAUAUUUUUAACACAUCCUUUAUAAUUAUAGACCACAGUAAAAAUAUUUGUAUAUUAUUAAAUAUUCAUGUUUAUUACUAAAUCAUGGAUCUUCACCUUGACUAGAGUCUUAGUAUACUCUCAAAAAAAAUAUUGGGAACACCUCUGGCUAUAACCUAUCCAAUUAUCUAAUUAUUACAGUAAAUUAAACUUUUAUCUUUUUUGUGGUUCUAACUAGGUACUAUUUUUAAAUUAGAAAAAUAAUGUUGUUGAACUUUAAAUCGUCUGAACCCCAAAAGACAGUUUUAAAGUGUGAAUAUAGUAAGUCCACACUUUUCGUAUACUAUUAGUCCAUAAAAAAAACAUGGUGUUACUGUUAGUUGUUAAAUGGAGUUGUACAGAAUAGGUAAUAGCUUUAAUCUGCUAGAUUUACUAUUGUCACCAUCAGUAAACAUUUUGAAGGAGAAAACAUAGUCCUUAAUUAAGCAUACGCACCUAUUAAACACUAAAAUAAUUUGGAAGUGUUAAAACUUGAAAAAGUUCGUGAGAAACUGAAAACACGCAAGUGGUAGAGAUAUAGGCAUAUAGCAUAUACGUUUACUCAGGAAACUUCGAACUUCGGAGCAACCGUGACGGAAAUCACCAGUCACCACCACGAUUAACUAUUAAGGAUAUAAUAUCUUUAAUCGUGGCCAUCAAUCUUACUUCUCGAGUGUAAGUUAUCAAUUAAAUAACUUCUGGUUCCGAUGGACCUUCGAACAAUCCAACGUAUUAUAGAUAAUUAUUUUAAUAUAAUAUUUCUCUUGUACCUAUACUGUAAUACAUUAUUACUACUAUUAGGUACUGUAAUAAAUAAUAAUAUAAUCACAGAAUAAAUUAAUCUUAAAUAUAUUUUAUCUAUUCUUCUGUAUAAAUGUAUAAUCAUAGAUUAUACUAUUAAAGAAUCUUUAAACUAUAAUAUGUAUAAGUUAUAAAAGUAUAUAGUAUAUUAUUUUCUUUUUCAUACCUCCCUAUAUAAUAAAUUGUUUUAAAUAUUUUCCACGGUAUUAUGAAUC